UGUGUUGAUUCGUUCUGAUUACUUCUAAUUGAGUUUGGCCGUUUUGAACUUUCACGAAACGAAUUUUGGGUGUCGGCAUGGUGUUGCGUAAAAUGGGCAACAGUGUUAGCCCCACCGUUGAACUGAAGAAGGAUGGUGAUACCUACACAUUCACCACCACCUCAACGUUCAAAACCUCCUCUAUCAGUUUCAAACUGGGUGAGGAAUUCGAUGAAGAGACACUUGAUGGGCGCAAAGUGAAGAGCGUCAUCACCUUGGAUGGCAAUAAAUUGUUGCAGGAACAGAAGGGUGACAAACCCUCAACCAUCAUUCGUGAGUUCACCGACUCCGAAUUGGUGACCACUCUCACCAUAAACGACAUAAAAUCCGUCAGAGUGUACAAGGUUGUUUAAACGCGCGGUGCGCCAUAAGUAAAAACCAAAAGACAACAGCAACAAUACAAAAAAGAAACUAUUUAAAUUUAAAAAAAAAAAAUGCCACAUCUUGCGAUAAACUAAUGAUUGAAAUACUUUUAUCAUACACAGCACAUUAUGUAACUACGUAUAUACAUAUAAAGAUAUAUAUAUUUUUUUGGAUUUUGAAUAUUCCAAUUUUGUUUAUGACUGAUCAUUAGCUGAUUUUAUUUUUAUUAAACCAUGAAAUGUAACUAAGAGUAUGAAGUUGUUAUUAAAUAACAAAAGCACUAUUUUUAUAUGGUUAAGCGGUUAAUGAAAAGGAAAAAAUGUACUGUUAACUAUACGCGACAAUUUUUAGACAUGCU